AUGGUUUCCCUUCGUCUGGUGGCAUUUUCUGCAAUCUUCCUUCUUCUUCUUGUGGACUUGGACGCUGUGUUGGUUAGCAACGCGGAGUGGGCUGCAUACAAGAAGCUCUAUAACAAGACCUACGCCCCCGAGUACGACUAUCAUCAUCGAUGGAUCUACAGUCCAAUUGUCGCAGGAGUCCGGAAAAACAACCUGGAGUACGCUCAGGGGAAGGUUGCCUACUUGUUGAAGGUCAACGAAUUCUCCGAUACCGAACGAAGUGCACUGUUCGCCAAUUCGCCCCCGGUUCCAGCAGAAUCAAUCCUGCCAGGAUCGAAGCCAGCCAACUACAAAUACUACCAUGAGAUACAAGAUGGCAUCGACUGGCGUCAGUCCGGCUACGUCUCUUCUGUCAAACAUCAGGGCAAUUGCAAUAGCUGCUGGGCCUUUUCCACCUCGGGACUCUUGGAGGCACAUCUGGCGAAGAAGACCGGUAAGCAGGUGUCAAUGUCCCCAAAACAUCUACUGGACUGCGUGAAUACGAACAGCGGGUGUUAUGGCGGCUGGGUGAGCUACGCCCUCAACUAUACCAGGGAUAAUGGCAUAAGCGCUUGGGAGUCCUAUUCUCCGUACAAACCACAAAAUGAACCCUGUGACUACAAACCAAAGAGCAACCAGAUCUCACCAAGGGGUUACGUCAUUCUCAAACCCGAUGAAAAGGAGAUGGCUGAAGUGGUCUACAACAUUGGACCUGUGACGAUAUCCUUGGACCACCUUUACUCUGAGUUUUAUGAGUAUUCCCGAGGCGUCUUAAGCAUACCGAAAUGCAGAAAUAAGAGGAUUUUCCUCAAACACUCCAUGCUUGUGGUGGGCUUCGGGACCGAUCCGGAAGGAGGCGACUACUGGCUGAUCAAGAACUCCUUUGGCAAGAACUGGGGCGAAGACGGAUACGUGAGACUGGCUCGCAACGCUGACAAUAUGUGUGGCGUGGCCUCCCUUGCCCAGUAUCCAGUAUUCUAAACGAUUCAUGAUUAAUAUUUUGUCAGGCUGAGGUUGAAAUUGAACAAUUUUCCAAAAUUCUUUCAUAAUAAAUAAUGAACAAUUAAAAAUACUAA